AUUCCAGUGGUCAGACCGUGAGCGUGUAUAGAAUAUAACGUCGACCGUUGUUUUCAAAGCUCAAAAGAUCUAUACACCUGAGUGGCUUGGCUAUUGUUCACAGGAAAGUGACCUAACAUCAACAGGCUAACGGGAGCAAAUAUGGCCUCCAUUAUUUCCAACGCGGUUGUGGAUUUCUCGCUGGGCGUGUACAAACUGUCGGCGGUGGGCGGAGAGAACUUGUUCAUGUCUCCGAGCAGCGUGUACGCCGUGAUGGCCAUGAUCCAGGCAGGGGCAGGGGCGGCAACUCUCGAACAGAUGACCGCUGCCCUCAAACUUACCGGUCAUAACAGGAAAACACAGCUACAGCUGCUGAAAGAGUUCAACACAGCUAUGAUGGCGGGUAGCAGGGACGUUAUUCUGACUACCGCCAACAAGCUAUACCCAAAUGCGGACCGCAAGGUCGUCGAAGAGUAUAUCAAAGUUUUGUCUGAAUCGUUUAAAUCUGAGAUUACACCCAUGGCUUUUAGCACAAAACCAGAAGAGUGUCGUAAAGAGAUAAAUGACUGGGUCGAGAAACAAACAAAUAAGAAGAUCAAAGACGUUUUACCGGAUGGGUCCAUAACUUCCCAAACAGGGAUGGUCGUUGUUAAUGCGAUCUACUUUAAAGGAGAAUGGGCCGAUAAAUUUGAACCACGGUCUACAACUAAGACUGACUUCCAUCCGAGCGCCAGCAGCAAGGUGCAGGUCGAUAUGAUGAAAGAGAGGAUGGACUACGCUAAGUACGGUGAGAGCAAGGAGAUGAAGUGUAAGGUGCUCCAGCUGCCCUACCAAGGCAAGGAGAUCGGCAUGGUCCUGUUUCUGCCUCAUGAAGUUGAGGGAUUAAGCAAACUCGAGCAAGCUCUGACUCGUGAACAUCUGGAAAAGAUCUUAGCUGAAUCAAAAUCUGAGACUGUUGACGUUUAUCUUCCAAAGUUCAAAAUGGAGACUCAACUAACUUUGAAGGAGACUCUUCAAAAGUUAGGGAUGGUGGAUUUGUUCAACAUGGCGAAGGCGGACCUUUCUGGAAUCGGAGAGCAGCUUUUUGUGUCCGAAGUAUACCACAAGGCGUUCGUGGCCGUGGACGAGAACGGGACGGAGGCGGCGGCGGCCACCGCGGCCAUUAUGUUGCUAGGUUGCAUGAUUCCAAACCGCGUCAUGGAAUUCAAGGCCGAUCACCCAUUCAUGUUUAUGAUCUGGGAUUACCGUAUUCGUGUGCCAUUGUUCAUUGGAAGAGUGAUACAACCGUAGCUGCCCAACACGGAUGUGGUUCACUGGGUGUUCGUCUCUUAAACACUAUAAUGCUUAUGUACAUGUACUAUUAGUGUUUUGCGAUACAUUUCCCAUCAUACUCAAAUAUCAAAAUAAGGUCCAUGGCAUGAUCGAUGUUUAUAUUGUAUUAUGAUGUAUUAUUCGUUAAGAAGUUGUUGAAAUGUUAUCAUGUUUUUACUUUGAGUUCAGCCUUGUCGAAAUGUCUAUUGUACAGAUACUCAAUUUGCUUCUAUCUAUUCACUGUAUAUCAUUUUUAAAUUAUAAUAAAAUUGUAUUACUAGUA